AUGCCCUCUAAAUCAUCUGGGCGCAUCGAAAAGGUGCGGAAGAACAAGUACUCGACGCCGCAUCAGAAGAACCAUCGGUGGGAGUCGUUCUCGACGAAAAUCGCAAAGUUCAACUCGCUGCAACCUCUGCGCAAAGUUCGCCGGCAUGAUCUCGACACGGAGGAUGUUUCGGCGACAACGUCGUACUUCCAGAACGGCCUUCAGAAAUGGGGCGAGCUGAACAUCUCCAAAGUCUUCUGCUCCUUCAGGACGAAGGUCUACCCCAUCUCCGAGAGCCUGCCGCAGAUCCUUCACUUCGAGGACAAGAUCAUGCAGUUGCUGGCCGAGCACAUUUCCCUCCACGACAAGGAUGCCCUCGAGCCGUUACUAGAUCUCUUGACCGCUUUUGCGCAUGACCUGGGUGUUCGGUUCGAGAAGCAUUACGCCCAAAGCCUGAGCUUGCUCCUGGCCAUCGCCGGGAAGCCGCAGGAUGUCGAGGUCAUCGAGUGGGUGUUUGGAUCCCUCGCCUUCCUCUUCAAGUACCUCUCGAAACUUUUGGUUCCUGAUCUGAGACCGACAUUCGACGUCAUGGCCGCGUUGAUGGGCAAAGCUCGACAUCCUCAACACAUCGCCCGGUUUGCCGCCGAGUCCAUGAGCUUCCUCGUGAGGAAGGCAGCCGCUCCGUCCCACCGAGAAGUGGCCCUCGCUUCGUUCAUCCAACAUGUCCGAAGCGACAUUCGAGCCAUGGCAGGCGACCGCCAAUUUUCCCUCUACAGAGAUGGCUUGAUGACCAUGUUUGCCGAGGCGAUCAAGGGCACCGACAGGACGAUCCACUCAGUCGGCGGAACCAUCAUCACCGCCCUCAUCGACGCCAUCCCAGACGAGGAGAGCGGGCUGGACCGAGAGCCUGUCUGGGUCGACCUAGUCUGCGGCGUCUUGACCAGCACCAUCCACCACGCUGAUUCCGAUACCUUCACCGACACCGCCAACGCGAUACUGGACACGAUACAGACGCGGAAGCAGCAGCUCCAGGAGACGCCCGCGCAAUGGCGGACGCUCCCUCUCAUCAAGAUCCUUGCCGUCAUGGCGGGUGUACGCAAGGGCACCAGAAUGCGCAAUUGUUGGGACCGGCUCAUGGCCGAGUUUAUUUCCAUCCUUGGCAUGACGGGCAAAUCGGCCCAAGAGAUCCGACCGGACCAGAAGGAUAUUCUGUGGACCGCUGUGGUGUCGAAAGCAGCCACCAUCCUGCAUCAUGCCCCGAUGGAUGCUCUGAUACCGCACAUGGCACUCUUCACCCAGUCAUUGACUCGGGAACCCCUCAUGCCGUGGUUCAUUCCCUUCUGCGCACACUUUUGCGACCUGGACUCGAGUAGAUUCGGGAGUCUGUUCCGAACCGACUUUCAGAGGCAAGUGCUCCUCGACCUUCCACGCGCACCCUCGCGACGAUACUAA